UCCGCUUUUCACGAUGUGCACCAGCGAGGCGGAUGCCCAGCUCCUCGCCUUCAAGCCCCAGGAAGUAUCGUCGAAUACUUCGUCCGUUGUUUCGAUGCCGUCUCCGGCUCCUGGGCUUUUCAACCCAGCUUUCCUGGAGUACCAACGACUUCAGCUUCUAGACUACGGGCAAGCCAGUAGGCUGAGGAUAGUUCCACCAGGGCUGUUCAGUCCGUACGCAGGACCGUUCAAUCCUUACAAUGCGGCUGCUCAAGAUAAUCCUUUUGGAUUCCCUCCGUUCCUGCGGUUCGAUCCGCGCUCCCGAUUCGUCCACGAAGAACCCAAGCCUCAGCACAGCUACAUCGGCCUCAUCGCGAUGGCUAUCUUGAGUUCGGUGGACAAGAAGAUGGUUCUCAGCGAUAUCUACCAGUAUAUCCUUGACCACUAUCCGUACUUCCGAAACAGAGGUCCUGGCUGGAGGAACUCGAUCCGUCAUAAUUUGUCGCUCAACGAUUGCUUCGUGAAAGCCGGACGAAGCGCCAACGGGAAGGGUCACUAUUGGGCCAUUCAUCCAGCGAACAUUGAAGACUUCAAGAAAGGUGACUUCCGCCGGCGCAAGGCGCAGCGUAAAGUCCGGAAGCACAUGGGACUCUCGGUUCCUGACGAUGAUGACAGUCCCACUCCGACUCCACCCCCUCAGGUAGAAGGCACUCCAGCUACACUGUGGGAAAACACACCAGGAUUAGCCCAACGACUCAGCAUGCAGCUGAAGAGACGUCAGUUUGACGUAGAGAGCCUUCUAGCGCCAGAACCUAAACGCGACUGUGAUUCACCGGUGUCGCGGCCCGAAGAACCUUCGACCUCCCCAGACCAGAUGGCACAUGCUGGGCCCGUACCCAAAGGAGGUUCGUGGCUCCAGCCCUGUCAUGGACUGACACUGAGUUCAUGGACUCAUCCGGCGAGUUCGUUACUCGCAAUUCAUCAGCAAAGGCUGUCCAUGUUCCGCCCUUCCGUGCUGCCCUCUGCUCCGAUUCAGGUGGAGGAAGUUCUGCAAAGGUGGUGUACCAGCAGCUCAGAAGGUUCACCGGUUCCUGGAAGCUGUGCAAAGCCUCAAUAA